AUGAUAUAAAUACAAGAUAAAGUUUUGUAAUUUAAAGGAUAACAAUACAAAGGAACUAUUUCCUGUACUGGUAUUUAAGAACUCAUUUGUUAAUUUGGAUCUGCAAAUGAUUUUUAUGGGGAUUUUGGUGAAUUUGUUAAUGUUUUUAAGGAUUUAAAUGAAGUUCAAAUCUUAUAAAUCAAUUUCUGGAAUUGCGGAUUAAAUACUUUUGAAAGUAUGCUGCCACAAUUCUUAAAUAUGUUUCCUAACCUUAAAAAUUUGAAGUUGAGUGUGUGGUCAUGCAGCUUAGAAGAUGAAGGUUUAAGAAUAGUGUCUGAAGCACUAUAAAAUUUGAAAGCACUCACUUAGUUAUUUUUAGAUUUUAGAUGGAACAAGAUUAAAGAUAAGGGUUUUAUCUCUUUUUCAUAAGCAUUAGGCUAAUUAACUUAGUUAUAGUCACUUUAGAUAGAUGGAUCUAAUAAUCUAGUUACUCAUAAGGGAAUGCAAGAAUUUGCAACAGGGCUAGCCAAAUUGCAAGAAUUAAAAAAUUUUGAUUUAUUUUUUGAAUCAAAUGAAAUGUAAUCUAUUGGAAUCAAGUAUUUAUCAGAAGGAGUUAAAUAAUGUAAAAAACUGACUGACAUAAGCUUGAAUUUUAGAAACAAUAUUAUCAAGGACAAUGAAACUCUCAGAAAAGCAUGCUAAGCUUUGUCUAUGUGCAGCUAGUUAAUCAACUCUAAAUUCGACUUUCUUAUCAAGAGAAGAAGAUAUUACUAUAAUCAAAAUUAAUAACCAAAAGGAAAAGAAGGUCUUUAUAAAAAUGAAUUGUUUAAACUACAAAGAACUGUCUUGCUAGAUAUCGAUACUACAAAUAAUGAAAAUGACUAUUGA